CAGGUCUCGGGCCCCCAGGCGGAGCGGCUGGCGCCAGACCUCCAGGCGGAGCGACAGGUCUCGGGCCCCCAGGCGGAGCGACAGGCACCGAUCGUCUGGCAAGACUGCGGGCACCGAGUCGUCUGGCAAGACUGCGGGCUCCGAUUCGUCUGGCAAGACUGCGGGCUCCGAGUCGUCUGGCAAGACUGCGGGCACCGAGUCAGAGUCAACUGGCGGAACAGCGGGCAUCGAGUCACCUGGCAUGAUAGGAUCAUCAGGCUGCAUCAGUUCAUCAGGCCGGAUCAGUUCAUCAGGCUGGGUACAGACAUCAGGCUGGGAUCAGUUCAUCAGGCUGGGUACAGACAUCAGGCUGGGUACAGACAUCAGGCUGGAUCAGUUCAUCAGGCUGGGUACAGACAUCAGGCUGGGUACAGACAUCAGGCUGGGUACAGACAUCAGGCUGAAGUGCGGGCGCCGAGGCACCAG